CGGACCUCAGCAGACUGCAAGCGCCUCACCAAGAGCCUCAUCUACUCUAAAGGAGCCUCUUUACUCCAGAGACUACCAGCAAACAAACCGAGAGACGAACGACUGAGCGAGGGAAUACCUAAGGACUCCUCCGAAGACAGACUUUUACUGAACCACCAACAGGAUUCCUCUUGAACCACAUUUAUCCAAGAUGCUGAUGCUUACUGUUGUCGUUACUUUCCUCGGGAGCCUCAAUCUGGUCCUGUCCUCCUCCUCCUCCUCGUGCCCCUCCGUGUGCCCGCUGUGCCCGCUGGAGGUGCCCAAAUGCGCACCCGGCGUGAGCGUCGUCCUGGACGGCUGCGGCUGCUGCAAAGUUUGCGCCAGGCAGCUGAACGAGGACUGCAGCCUGACCGAGCCCUGCGACCACACGAAGGGACUGGAGUGUAACUUUGGGGCCAGCUUUGCUGCUGCUACCACUCGUGGCAUCUGCCGAGCCAAGUCAGAGGGCAGACCCUGCGAGUACAACAGCAAGAUCUACCAGAACGGAGAGAGCUUCCAGCCAAACUGUAAACACCAGUGCACAUGCAUCGAUGGCGCAGUGGGAUGUGUCCCGCUGUGUCCACAGGAGCUCUCCCUGCCUAACCUGGGCUGUGCCAACCCAAGACUGGUGAAGGUAGCAGGCCAGUGCUGCGAAGAGUGGGUGUGUGACGAUGGCAAGGAGACAGACAUCCUGGAGAAGAUCUUUGGAAAAGACACACUGACCGACGAGCUGGAAAGAGAUCUCACUAACAGGAAUGAGCUUAUUGCUAAUGUCAAGACCAGAUCCAAAUCCCUUGCUGCAUUCAUACCACCACCUGAGGUCCACGUGUUCGACAGCCCAAAGUGCAUCGUCCAAACCACACCCUGGUCCCAGUGCUCCAAGAGCUGUGGAACUGGCAUCUCCACGAGAGUCACCAACAACAACAGCGAGUGCAAACUGGUCAAAGAGACACGAAUCUGUGAAGUGCGACCAUGCACCCAGUCACCCUACUCCAGUCUGAAGAAAGGAAAGAAGUGCAGCAGAACCAAGAAGUCUAGCCAACCGGUGAAGUUCACCUACGCCGGCUGCUCUAGCCUGAAGAAGUACAGGCCCAGAUACUGUGGAGCCUGCGUGGACGGCCGCUGCUGCAGCCCCCACGAGACCAGAACCAUCCCGGUCACGUUCCGCUGCGAGGAUGGCGAGACCUUCAACAAGAACAUCAUGAUGAUCGAGUCCUGCAAGUGCACCUACAACUGUCCCCAUGCCAACGAAGCCUCCUACCCCUUCUACCGCCUCUCCAACGACAUCCACAAGUUCAGAGACUGAUUGGUGAAAAACAUCCAGGCCCCUCAGCAAGAGACAGACGACCAGCAGCAUCUCUGGCUGCCAGUGGCAGUCCAGAUGAAUGCAGGGGGUGUAAAUAGGCCGCCAAUCAACUACCAGCUUCUUGUUGUAACUAGAUUCCCAAGGAAUUGUGGGCUUACAUCAUGAGGACUAAAUGAAGUGCACUGUUUGCUGGGACUACAUCAGCAUUCUUCCUAAGAACUGCUUCGUAUUAAUGGAGCAUCCGAAGUAGCUUCGUUAUGGAGCAAGAUGUAAUUAAUAUUUGUACAUUUAUGUUAGUUGCUGAUAUCAAUUCACUGUGUAUAUUUAGAUCCUUUACACCAGACAUGACCCAAACUGUAGACUUGUGUGUGCAUAUGUGGGUAUGCACAUGUGCAACUUCAAUUAGCAUACCAUCUUGUAUUUUAAGAACAAGACAAUGAAAUGUUGCCUCUCGACUUGUUUAACAGGUGAGGGGUUUCAUUCCUUCCUGACGUGGGCAUUAUUGUUCAUGUUUUGUGGCAGCUAUUGAACUCCCUUCAUGAUAAAGACAAAGCGAAACAUGUCAAAAGGAUGAAUGAAUGUUUUUAUUAUUUUUAUUAAUAUUAUUUAUCAAAAAUGUAGCUACUUUAUUUGGAUAUUAUGUGUCAUACUGGAAUAAAUUGUAAAAUGAUUUAAUUUUAUAUGCUACAAUAAAACUGAUUUAUUUAUGAAAUAUGA